AUUCUAGGGUCCUGUUUGACCAUGUGUUUGACACGACACACAUUGUUGAACGUAACCACUUCCGCCCCUAACCGGAAGUUUAACACACGUGUAAACAGUGCAUAUAGUCACGUUGUACGCCUGUGAAAUGAUAACAUGAAUUAACAUCUUGAAUUCUGAGAUCAUAUGUGCACUGGAUUUAAAUAAACUAACCACAAAAGAAAAGCAAAGAUGGAGAAGAAAGAACAGAAGCGGCACCAGCACAAGCACAGUGGACCCAAAGCACAGAAGAAGAACAGAAAGAAGGAGCAGGGCACUGAACAAGGGCAGGAUGAGCGCAAGAGGAACCCACGAGCGUUUAGCGUCCAGUCAGCUGUGCGCAUGGCAAGAACCUUCCAUAGGGCUCAGGAUAUUAAAACAAAGAAACAUCACAUUCCUCUGGUAGACCGGACCCCUCUGGAGCCUCCACCUGUUGUUGUAGUGGUGAUGGGACCUCCAAAAGUGGGCAAAAGCACCCUCAUUCGAUGCCUGAUCAAAAACUAUACACGGCAGAAGCUUUCUGACAUCUGUGGACCUGUGACCAUAGUUUCUGGAAAGAAACGCCGACUGACCUUGAUUGAGUGCAACAAUGACAUCAACAGCAUGAUUGAUUUGGCAAAAGUUGCUGAUUUGGUUCUGAUGCUGAUAGAUGCAAGUUUUGGCUUUGAAAUGGAGACCUUUGAGUUCCUGAACAUUUGCCAAGUUCAUGGCUUCCCUCGAGUCAUGGGGGUCCUCACACAUCUGGACACUUUUAAGAACAACAAGACGCUCAGCAAAACAAAGAAACGGCUAAAACACCGCUUCUGGACUGAAGUUUACCAAGGUGCCAAGCUCUUUUACCUGUCUGGGAUGGUGUAUGGAGAGUACCAGACACAGGAAGUUAAGAAUCUUGGGCGGUUCAUCUCAGUCAUGAAGUUCAGACCUCUUGUUUGGCGGACCUCUCACCCAUACGUGGUGGCUGACCGUAUGGAAGAUCUUACUGAUCCUGAGACUAUUAGGUUAGAUCCCAAAUGUGACCGAACCGUAUCUCUGUACGGCUACCUACGUGGGACAUUCUUGAAGAAUAAAUGCCAGGUCCACAUUCCUGGUGUGGGUGACUUCUCUGUGGCAGAUGUUAGCUUCCUCCCAGACCCCUGCCCUCUACCGGAGGUGAUUAAGAAGAGAGCGUUGAAUGUAAAGGAGCGGUUAUUGUACGCCCCCCUGGCUGGCGUAGGGGGAUUGGUGUAUGAUAAGGACGCAGUCUACAUCGAUAUGCCCAGUGGACAUGCCAGCCAGCAGCAGGAGGAGGUGCGGCCCACCACUGAACUCGUUCAGUCUCUUAUUGGCACACAAGCCACUUUGGAUGCAAAAAUGGCUGCCAGCAAAGUCUCACUGUUCACAGGAACUGCUGCACUGACACCAGAGGAGGUGCAGGAAAAUGAGAAACAGAACCCUAUGGAAAGCCGAGAAUGGGAUGAGAAAGCACAGAGAGAGAGGAGGAGAGCUGUUUUUGCUGAUGAAGAUGAAGAAGAUGAUGAUGAGGAAGAAGAAGAGAGUGAUGAAGAGGAGGAGGAGGAAGAAGAGGAGGAAGAAGAUGAAGAUGAAGAGGGGCUGAUAACACUAAAAAAGGAAGAUGAGAAAGCAGUUGAGACGGCAGCACCUCCUGUGAAGAAACAGAAGAUUGAGGAACCCAUGGAGAUGCCUGCAUUUGCUGAUAGUGAUGAUGAGCUGGAAAAGAGUGAAGGAGAGGAAAGUGAAGAGGAGGAGGAGGGUGAUGAAGAAAAUGAGGAAAUGGAAGAAGGGGAACCUGCAAAAAGAAGCUCGGGUCCAGACUCUGGUCUCUGCUCAGAGGAAGAUGAUGAGGAUGAAGAAGAAGAUUCUGAUAUGGACGAAGACGCAGAUGGGAUUGUAAAAUUCAAGCAUCCAGAGGAAGAAAAGAUAGACACAGAGGAUGCAGAGAUGGCUUAUGAAACUACAGGAGCACUACGGUGGAAGGAGGAUUUAUCCAAAAAAGCAUCAGAGGCAUAUUUAAGACAUCAGCUUGCGGCGCCAAACCUGCGCAAACUAGUGUACGGCACAGUGGCGGAGGAAGAAGAGGAGGAUUCUAAUGAUGAAGAAGAGUUGGGCGGUUUAUUUAAAGUCAGUCGACCAGAGAGAAGUAAGAAAGUACGAGCAGAUGCAAUGGACUGCUCUCGCUUUCACCCAGACAGCAGCCAUGACUGGGAUCAGGAGGAGAUGCUAGCCUCUAUAAGGGACUGUUUUGUGACUGGAAAAUGGGAGGAAGAUAAAGAUGCUGCAACACUGCUCAAGGAAGAUGAUGAACUCUAUGGAGAUUUUGAAGAUUUGGAAACAGGAGAAGUUCAUAAAGCAAAGACUGGGAAUAAAGACAAAGCUGAGGGAGGGAAUGAUGAUGAAAUAAAUGGUGAUGAUGAUGAUGAGGAGGAGGAGGAGGCUCCCCAAGUGAAACUUGACGAUGAUGAAGUUCAAAAGAACAAGCGUUUGGAGAAGAAGAGGCGGCUGAAGGAGAGGUUCGAUGCACAAUAUGAUGAUGGCGACGCCACAUACUUUGAUGACCUGAAGGAGGAGAUGCAGAAACAGGCUGAGUUAAACAGGCAAGAGUUUGAAGAUGUGGAUGAUGAAGUCCGUGUUCAGUACGAGGGCUUCAGGCCAGGCAUGUAUGUUCGUGUGGAGAUCCCUGCUUUACCUUGUGAGUUCGUCACCAACUUUGACCCCCACUAUCCUAUCGUUCUUGGUGGACUGGGCCCCAGUGAGGGCAAUGUUGGCUACUUGCAGAUGCGUCUGAAGAAACACCGCUGGCACAGUUGUAUCUUGAAAACCCGUGAUCCUCUCAUCCUGUCUUUGGGCUGGAGGCGCUUUCAGACCAUGCCCCUCUACUACAUCGAGGACCAUAACGGACGUCACCGCCUGCUCAAAUACACACCUGAACACAUGCACUGCGGUGCCACCAUCUGGGGGCCUAUAACACCCCAGGGUACAGGCUUCCUGGCUGUGCAGACGGUUGGAGGUUUUAAGGCCAAUUUCCGCAUCGCUGCCACAGGAGUGGUUCUGGACCUGGACAAAUCAGUUACAAUUGUGAAGAAGCUCAAACUGAUUGGAUACCCUUAUAAAAUCUUUAAGAACACCUGCUUUAUCCAGGGAAUGUUUAACACUGUCUUGGAGGUUGCGAAGUUUGAGGGAGCGUCCGUCCGCACAGUCAGUGGCAUUAAAGGGCAGAUAAAGAAAGCCUUGCGCACCCCGCCGGGCGCCUUCAGAGCCACGUUUGAGGACAGACUACUGAUGAGUGAUAUUGUGUUCCUGCGCUCCUGGUAUCCGGUCUCGGUUCCUCAGCUGUAUAAUCCAGUGACGUCUCUGCUGAUGCCGGUUGGACAGAAGGACACAUGGGCAGGCAUGAGGACCCUUGGACAGCUUAAACACGACCUGGGUAUCCGCAACAAACCCAACCAGGACUCACUGUACAAGCCAGUUGUGAGGCAAGUUCGACACUUCAAUACCCUCCACAUUCCCAAAGAGCUGCAAAAGGCCCUCCCCUUCAAGAACAAACCCAAACAGAUGCAGGCCAAAGGCAAAACCCCGCGGGACCUGCAGAGACCGGCUGUCAUACGAGAGCCCCAUGAGAAAAAGGUGGCAGCAUUGCUUGAUGCUCUGAGCUCAGUCUACGCAUACAAGAACAAGAAGGCGAAAGCAGAGCAGCACGCCAAGCACAAAGAAUUCCUGAAGCAGAAAGAGAAACAGGAUGCAGAAAGGCAGAAGAGGCUGAAAGAAGAGAGAAAGAAGACCUACCGUGCAAUGGGACAGAAAGAGAAGAAGAAACUCAAAUCCAGCCUGAAGGGAGCAUCCAAGGACAAUUGAGUCUACCUCACACCUGAUUCUGUUAGACUGUGACUCCAGGCCCAUCGGAUCAGGGUCUGUUACGCUCUUGGUUAGACUGUUUGAAAUGCGCCAUAAUUCGAUUCCCACACCGGCUGCUGUUACUGAGCAGGCUCAAGAGUUGAGAUGAUGACACUGCAGGAGACCUGAUGGGUUUUGCUGAAGUCUUUAAAAGAUACAAUCUCCCUAGAAACAAGAACAGUUAAACCGCCUGGUUAACUUUUAGUGACUCUGAAAGGAUUUUCUGUAAAAAAAAAUAUGGCAAUGCUUUACAAUAAGGUUCAGUUUGUUCAUAUGAAUGUAUUAGGUAUAAUGAACCAACAGUGAACAUUUACAAGCUGGAUUAAUUCAUAAAUAUAAAAAUAGUUCAUUGUUAAUUCAUGUUUGUUAAUAAUACAUUCAUUUGUGCAACUUGUUAAAAUGUAUUAGUACAUAUAUGUAUAAAUUAACCUACAUUAAUAAACGCUUUAAAAUGAUUGUUCAUUGUUAAUUUAUUUGCUGUUGCAUUCGCUGAUGUUAAUAAAUUGAACCUUUUUGUAAAAUCCAACCAAAAAGAUCCAUAAUGCAUAAAAAAAAAUAUACAGCCAUUUCUUACUGAAACUGCUUAUACCUGUUUUAUUCUGCUUGUUUUUAAUAAAAAUCGUUGUGUGACUGGAAAAAUGCAAAGGAAAUUACAUUUAUGUCAGAUAAAAGAGUGGGAUGCUUGUCAACAUUCA